ACUAAGUUGUCAAUAACUAAAUGCAAAGACCUGUAAAAUAGGUUUCUGAAAAUAUAAAAAAAAUACCGAAUUGAUGAUAAUACAUUUUUAAAUAUGUUAUCAAAAUGAUAAAAUAUAUCAGCCGAAAAUAUUGAUAUAGCGAAUAUUCUAUCGAAGGAGAAGGCAGAAAGAAGUUACAUAUAUGUAAAAUUUACUUCAUUCUGUUGCAAUAAUGAGCAAUAUGAUCAACAAUGAUCAACGUCCCCUUAAUUUUGAAAAAUGUCCAGAAUCUAAUGAUGAGCUCAAAAAACGGUUGGAGAUAGAAGAAUUAAUUCUUAAAAACUUCGACCAAAAUCUUAGCUUUGGUGUUCUUGUGAAGUUAUCCCUUGCACCGUACGGAUUGGUCAAUGACGAUUUUAGAAGGAUUUUAUGGCCGCAGUUGGCAGGAGUCGACGUAAACCGUUUAGGACAAGCUCCAACACUCGAUAAGUUGCAAGACCACCCAGAAUACAACCAGGUGGUGUUGGAUGUAAAUCGUUCUCUAAAACGAUUUCCACCAGGAAUUCCGUACGAGCAGCGAAUUGCACUGCAAGACCAACUUACUGUUUUGAUUUUACGAGUAAUUCAAAAGUAUCCUAACUUGAGAUAUUAUCAAGGCUAUCAUGAUGUGGCUGUAACAUUUUUGCUAGUGGUUGGCGAAGAAAUCGCUUUUGCAAUAAUGGAGCAGCUCUCUAAAACACAUUUUUCGGAAUGUAUGCAGGAGACUAUGGAGGCCACGCAAAGGCGACUUAUGUUUAUUUGGCCUAUCAUUAAAUUUGAGAACCCAGAACUUUAUCAGUUUUUGCAAAGCUCAACGGUAGGAACUUUGUUUUCCUUACCGUGGUAUUUGACAUGGUUCGGACAUAGUUUAACAUCUUAUAAAGCUGUAGUCCGUUUAUAUGACUAUUUCCUUGCAUCUCCUAUUUAUACAUCUCUUUUUGUAACAGCGGCAAUUUUACUUUAUCGUUCAGACGAAAUUCUAAAGGAGGACUGUGAUAUGGCAUCGGUGCAUUGUCUCUUAUCAGUGAUACCAGAAGAUUUACCAUUUGAGGACGUUUUAAAGACCUCCAGUUCGCUUUUAAAUAAGUAUAGCUUAACGGUUAUUGAGAAAGAUGUUGAAGAACUUAUUUGUCAAGAAAGGAGGCAAAGGAAAACCGACGAAGCUUUAAUCGUAAAAAGACGUCGACCGCCCACAUCGAAUAUAAUUCCUAUCAUAAACCAAUGGAUUCCAAACAAGUCUACUGCAAAGUCGGUAUUAUUGACGACAGCUAUUUCUAUUGUUGUGGGUGUAUGUGCCUAUUAUUACAAGAAUCAGUAUUUUGCGGCAGGUAUAAGCUGAGUAUGAAAAUAUUGUCAUUUAAAUUUUACAUUGUACAAUUUUACUGUCACCUAAUAUUUAAAUAUUAAAAAUAUAUAACUUUUCAAUUA